UUACCUCCGCAUGUGAUGCGUUGCAUGCAAGCAGGCUACUGGCAAGCGGAUUCGAUACUACCGGAGUUGCUCUUCAUCUGUGCAAGCGAGGUAUCCCGUUCCGAACAAUGGUCUGGCGAGGACCGAUCAAGCAUGAGCAUCGACCAAAGCCGAAACCCGUACGUUUUGAUGGGCAUGUCUGGAAUGUUUGGGACUAUCGCGAGUACCUGCGGGAGCGAUCCGAUCUCUUGCGAAUUCCCUGGAUAAGGCGCGCAUGCUACCUAGCUGGCGGGCUUCUGUGGCGUAUAGCGACUGAAGUUUGUGGACCACCAUCUCGAGAGAUGAUCGAAAAAGGACCUUCUGAGGGAGCCAGACGCGGCGAGCACGCUUCCAAUCUCCGCGGCUGGGUAGACGAUGAACUUUCGGAGGAUAUCGUAGCCCUAAUUAUCGGGCUUUAUCUUUGCCCUCAAUACCCAAGCCAGGAAAUUGAUGAACUCAGAGAUCUCGCUGCUAAGCAAGAGAAGGGACGAGCUAACCUCAGACGUCUUUCGUGGUGGCCGCUUCCGUCUACCUUUUGGCACUAUAGCCUGGGCAGUCUAGGCCAUUGGAGCACGCGCAAUGAGAAAUGGUAUAUAGAUCGUCGGAAUGAUUUGGAGCUGUGUUACUUGGGAGAGCAGGCGUCAUCGAAUCCUAUCCCUCCUAAGGGGGCAAAGCAGUGGAGGAAUACUACACGGUUCGGUGGGUUCAGUAAAACCUUGCUUAGAAUUACAGAGGAUAAGGCUAGUUCAAUGAUCCGCUCCGGUGGCAAAUCUCUGGAAGAGUCAGGAUUACCAUACACAUCUUAGGAAUUGUAUUCGUAAUAGAAUUGUCACAGAAUGU